GAUAGAAUGAAUGGUAAAACCAAACUCGAGUGUUGUUUUUGUUGUUGGAUUAAGAAUUACGAUAAGAUAAGAAUCCGGACUAUCAAUUCUUUCAUUCUCUUUAUUUAUUUUUUAAAAAAUAAGAAAGAGGGGACGACGAUUGAGAAGAACGUAAUACUGCAUAUAUAAGAGAGUAUAUUUGACUUAGGAGGGUUACUCGUAGAAAGAUUUUAAACGAAGAAUAAUAUUUUAAAAUUAUAUGUAAAAUACUGAGAUUUUGGUUGAGAUGAUCGGGCAUUGCAAAACUUCAAGACAAUUAUUUGUCAUUGUAAGUGUUGGAAUUAUUUGCUCUGUUGUUAUAAAAAGCACUUUGACUGCUGUAAUUGAUAAUGUACAAAAUAAUGUAACGAAGAAAGAUGGAAGUAAAGUUUGCAAUAAAGAUUUUCUAGAAGCUGCUGAACAAAUUGAAAGACACCGUGACACAAGUGUCAAUCCUUGUGACAACUUUAAACAGUAUGUUUGCGGUAAUGCUAAAGUUUUAUCUUUCCACGAAAGAAUGAAAUUGGCAGAAUGUCCAGUCAACAAACGUGCACGAGAUUUAAUUGAAAGGGGGACUGGUUCUGUUGAUUUUAAACCAUUUAAACUUAUCGAUGAUCUUUACAAAACAUGCAUGAGUGACGAAGCUACUGGACAACAAGCUUUCGAUCUUCUGACUCAAAUUCUUUACGAUCUGGGCAAUUGGCCUCUUUUGCAAGGAGGCAAAUGGAUGACAUAUAAUUUUGAUUGGGCGGACUUCAUUAUCAAAAGCAAAAGAAUCGGAUUAAGUAUUAACACUUUUUUGGAUUUUGAACCAUCACUUUAUCCGAUACACGAUAAAUUGUUAAUGAAAUAUCGAAUAAAAAUUCCACCUCAAGAAUUUGAGAAAAAUAUUUCAAGUUUUUCAGAUCCUUUAAUUAUCGCUUACAAAAAUUAUAUCACAAAAGUAUAUGCAUUGCUGGGAUUUAAAAAAGAAUUUGCAAAAGAGAUCGAUGAAAUCGUUGAAUUUGAAUGGCAAAUUUCAGAAAUUAAUAUGCGUCGCUAUAAAAACAUUUUUUCAGACGAUAUAACAUUCGAAGAAUUAAUUCAUAAAUUUCCAUCAAUAAAAUGGCAAUAUUUAAUUGACAAUGUUAUCCUGCGUAAUCGAAAAACUCCAGUUAAAAUUUCCGACAUUCCUUUCUUGGAGCCACCUACACUCCCGGAUUUCAUAAUACUCUUAGAAAAAACUCCGAAACAUGUUCAAGCAAAUUACGCCGUGUGGAAAAUAAUUCAAAAUACAAUUCCCUACUUGACGGAAGAAUAUCGGAACCUACGACAUGAAUAUUGUUUGACGCGAAAUUGCAAGAACACGGCGCGCACGCACUCUUGCAUAGGAGUCAUAAAAAAAUAUUUAUCACCCGCUCUUAAUUUAUUGUACGCUAAAAAUUACUACAACAGUGACAUCGAUAUGGCUAUUAAAGAUAUGAUUGUAAAUAUAAAAAACCAAACAAUAGAAUUGAUCAAUUCAUCGACUUGGAUGGUCCAAGACACAAAGAAAAAGGGUAUCGAGAUGAUAAAAAAUAUUCCAAUUUUUAUUGGCUAUGCGGAAAAAUACAAAAGUGACGAUGAAUUUGUUAAAUACUAUGAAAAUCUCGAGAUUGAUACCAAUAAUUAUUUUCAUACAUUAUUGAAUUUAGAAUUAUUUGAUAGUGAAAAUAAAUAUGAUAACAUUACGAGUUUGGGCGCCAAAAAUUUAUUCAGUCAAGUUGAAGAUGGUGGUCCUACAAAUUAUUAUAAUAGAAUUGAUAUACCUUUGGCAGCGCUUGAGAAACCAAGAUUUGAUAUUAAUUAUCCAAUGUACAUUAAUUACGGUCGCAUUGGCUAUUACAUCGCUAAUGAAUUAGUGGUCUAUAUCAGAUAUUUAGGUGCGAAUCAAAAUGCGUAUGAUGAAAAAUUUUCAUGCUUCCAACAUCAAUUCAGAAACUUUUCUUUUGAAGGAUUCAAAGAACGGUCUAUAUGGCGGACUAUAUCAUAUGAAAGUUCACAAAUUAGCGAACAAUUGGCUUAUAAAGUUUCAUAUCAAGCUUAUCAACACUGGCUUACUAAAAAUGGAAUUGAACCCUCUCUACCUGGAUUACCCUACACGAAUAAUCAACUAUUUUGGAUUAACACAUUACAGCAUUUCUGUGUUUUGCUUCCAAAAGAAUCAAAAGUGUUUGAUAAUAAAUACGGUCUCUUUGAAUAUUUCUUUAUGAAUGCCAUUUCAACUGUUCCAGAAUUUUUUAAAGAUUUCAAUUGUAUGAGUGAUGAGUCUUUUGUAAAAUUUAACGGGCAACCAUGCAUUUUUUUGUAACUUGAUUUAUAUGGAAGUCCCUCGCGGUUUUGGAAAUACCGAAAUAAUACCGGAAUUAUACGGUAUAAAUACUGCAUAAAUAUGGUAUUAUUCAAGUUAUUUUGGCCAGUUUUUUUGCCGCAUUACUACCAAAAAUUUACGAAAAAAAUUCAGAAUAUUUACGGUAAUAAAACAGAAAAAAUACGGUAUUUUAACAGCAUUAAAACCGUAAUUAUACUGCAUAUUUUCGGCAUUUUUGCAGCAUUAAACCGUUCUACCCGGAACAAAAAUUAUAUACACUAAUGCAAAAAAUUAAAGGAGCAGAAAAAUUUUAUAAAUUUUUUAGUGAUUUUUGGAAGGCUGUAACUUGGUGAAAAAAAAUCGUAUCGAAAAUUGAAAAAAAGCAUUUUAUAGCUUGAAAUCUCUAGUUAAGGUGUAUUUUUUUCAAAAUUUUUUAAAAGCUCCGAUUAUUGCGCAAACAUGAGAAAUACCGCGAGCCAAAAAAUUUCUAAAUUUUUUUUUUUUUUCCGAAGAGCCCACGGACCGCGGAAAAAUUCUUUCAACUAAACGAAUGCAUACAUCGUUUAGCAUAUUCAUUCAGCUUCAAUUUGGUUUUUUUUUUAACCUCGUAGGACGAUUUGUCGCAGAGAUAUCAGUCUUCAAACAGAAAAUGAUCCUUUUGGCUUUGAUCUUCGAUAUUUCAGGUACCAAUGAUCGCACAGAAAGUUGAAGGGCAGCGUUGAAAACUUGAAUAAAUUUCCUACAAGACCCUGUCAUCAUUUUUUGAAAAAAAAAAUUUUUUUUAUUUUUUACAUCCAUUAGAUGAAAGUACAAAAAAAUGACUUUUUUUGGUUUUUUAGUAAAUCAACCGCUACUCUGCAAAUAUCGAUGAAAAAAAUUAUGUUGCCAGGGACUUUUUUAGCUUAAUGUACCCCCAAGACCCCUGUAAAUUUUUAAAUUGAUCUAUCGAACCGUUUUUUGGGAAUCAUCGAUCAAAGUUUAGCUAAAUAAUUAAAGGAGCAAGUUUUGUUCCUUUAAUUGUGUAAUCAUA